AUGUCGCUGUUGAGUAGGCUCUUUGGAGGGGGAGCGUCAUCCGUGAAAACGAUGAGCUCCGCUGAUGCGAUACAGAGACUCCGCGAAGUAGAAGAGAUGCUUGGCAAAAAGCAGGAGUUCCUCGAGAGGAAGGUCGACAACGAAAUAGAAAUCGCCAAGAAGAACGGAACCAAAAACAAGAGAGUGGCCCUAGCUGCUCUUAAACGGAAGAAGCGAUACGAGCAGCAGCUAAAACAAAUCGACGGCACACUCACUACCAUCGAAUACCAGCGAGGGGCUCUCGAAGACGCAAACAGCAAUACGACGGUUCUCAAAGCAAUGGGAGAUGCUGCCAAAGCACUCAAAAGAUCGCACGCGGAUAUGGACGUCGACAAGGUUCAUGAUCUCAUGGACGACAUCCAGGAGCAGCAGGACCUCUCGAAAGAAAUCUCGGAGCUCAUCUCGAAUCCUGCCGCUUUCGGCGCGGAGGUCGACGAGGAUGAACUCUUGCAGGAGCUGGAAGAAUUGGAAAAUGAGCAAGUCCGAGACAAAUUACUGGAGGUGCCCUCCUCGGAUUCCGUUCCAGAGAACUUACCCUCGGUGCCAUCCGAGAGACUCGCAGCGGCUAAGAAAAAGAACGAAGACGAAAGUGAGCUCGCAGGCCUAGCCGAAUGGGCGGCGUAGGAAUCGCAAUCAUCUUGAUUCGCGACCAACCCGAACGAAAGUGCAACUUAACGCUCAAGUAUUUUUACCGUAUUGCCAACAUUAUUCUACGGGCAUCUGUGUGAUACUUCUUGUGAGACCAUCACCGGUAGGUGGCAAGAUAUUGCUGCCAUUCUCUAGUUUCUCCUUAUCUACAUUGAUGACGCUGAGGCGGCUUAUUGUGCCGCCGAUACGGUUCAUUUUUCUACCGAAUAGACUCCACGAUCGAUUCCCCUCCGAGUUACCUGAUGCGGGAGAACUCCGGAAUAUCGGAUUUGAGAUCGAAUCCCUCGUAAAAACAGUUGCGACGAUGCAAUACUACCCGUACAAUCUUAAUGAAAACAAACGCCCAUGGUAAAAUGUUCUAUGGAUUUAUCGUUGAAUAAAUAGAAAAUGAGAUGCGGUGAUAGACAUAUUUGUCCUGACGAUAUCUCGA